CCAACAUUGCCACGAUUUGACUAGAACUCCGAGAGACCACGACAUAAAAGGAAUUUAAUUUAAACCAAAGAAUCGGGCAUGAUUGAAUUUCCUUCUAAAAUUUCUAUGAUUUGACUUGUGUAUAUGAAAAUUUCAAUGCUCGUAAUAUAUUUUUCACAUGUGUACGUUACUUACGCUGUAUCCCCACAAAUUUCAAACAGGCGUGGCGCAAUCACAAGAAAGUUCUUCGACAAUGCCAAAGCCGGUAAGGCAAGAACAAUCCUGAUACUGUGCGGAUUAGAGACUUCUGCGGAUGGACGUUUGUUUUUGUCUCAUCACUCUAUCUUCACCAUGGCGGAGAGUAAGAGAUGCUCCAAAAUGAGGCCCAACAAGUCCCGACUCAGCCUCAAGCGGAAACACGACGCUGGGAGUGCACCCCCUUCUUCCAGUUGUGACUCGGCUUUGCUGGACAAGACCCGUCUCCUGUCUGCUGAUGACACCUUAUUCUCUAAUCUGGUCGCAGAAGACUUUGAAGAAGAACCCGUUACGAUCUCUGCAUUGAAGACUUCCAUCGUUGAAAAAUCAUGUGGAUUAUCUCCUAUCCCAAGCUUACCUUCUUUUGCAAGUAAUAUUGGCAGUCCGUCGAGCCCAAUCGUCAACAAAUCCUUGUCACGCACUCAGAGGUGCUUGAUUCCCCAAGGAGACCAACUUAAUGACAGCCUGAAAGAUAGUGACUUUCUUGCAAUUCCUGAACCUCUGAUUGACAUGGAACUAGUCAGGGAAGAAAGAGAUCUGUUCGAAGAGUCUCCACAGAAUGAUAAAACUUUAUCUGAUAGUGGAUGUGAAGGAGCAUCACUUGACGAUGAUGAGGACAAGCCAUGGGAAGAUAGCGUUUAUGUUCCUGUAACUCCUAAAAGUUGCCACAAUAUUACCCCAAAGAAUCUGUCCUCUGCCAAAGCACUUGACGGCACACGUUCGAUUGGCAUUCAGAAACUCUCACACAUCACCCUGCCUCUGAAUAAAACAAAGUUUGAAAUGACCUUACCAGGACUUACUGAUAUAAACUGGGAUGAAUCUCUUAGACUUGCAGAAAAGUCGCCCUCCGUUGAAGAUUCUGCCAAUAGCUCAUCAUUCUCUCAAAAGUUUCGCCAGCAGCUAAUGAGCAAUUAUAAUAGAAAUAAUAUGACACCCACCUUUCAAGGAAAAAAUGGUCAGAACAUACCAGAGGAUCAGUGUUUUUUUGGCCUUCCUUCAAAAGUACAAAGUCUCAUAGAAAGGUUCCGUGGAAUCAAGGAUCUUUACGCAUGGCAAAAGGAGUGUCUUUCGAUGCCUGAAGUGCUACAGCGUCAAAAUCUUGUGUAUGCUCUUCCAACAAGUGGGGGCAAAACACUUGUUGCUGAAAUUUUGUUGCUAAAAGAGAUUUUGAUUAACAGGAAAAAUACAAUUUUUAUCCUUCCCUAUGUUGCAAUUGUGCAGGAAAAGGUCAGAGCCCUGUCUCAGCUGGCUAUUGAACUUGAUUUCUUUGUUGAGGAGUAUGCUGGGGGGAAGGGAUCCUACCCACCAAAAAAACACCGUUGCAAGAAUGGCGUUUACAUUGCAACAAUUGAGAAGGCUCUUGGCUUAGUACACCACUUAAUAAUUGACAACCGUUUACACGAGAUAGGAUUGGUGGUUGUUGAUGAAUUACAUCUUCUUGGAGAGGGAUCUAGAGGAGCAACCCUUGAGUCUGUCCUCACUAAUUUGCACUAUUGUAAAUUGGGUAUUCAGAUAGUUGGCAUGAGUGCCACUAUCGGAAACUUGCAAGAAAUAUCAUCAUUUCUCAAUGCUAAAACUUACACUGGAGACUUUCGACCUGUAGAAUUGAAAGAGUAUAUCAAGUGUAGUGACACAAUUUAUAGUAUUAACCGUAAUAUGAUUGGUAGUGAAGAAUCCCCUCUCUCUAUUGAUCGAACUUUGGAGUCCACUUAUACUGAAGAGCAGCUCAAAAGUGAUCCAGACCAAAUUGGAGCACUGGUAGCUGAAACUGUUCCAGAUGAGUCGUGUUUAGUAUUCUGUCCAUCACGGAAAAACUGUGAAAAUGUAGCACUGCUGAUUUGCCAAACACUGCCAAAGACUCUGAAGACUGUUCGAGUUGAGGCAAAGAAAGCCCUUUACAAGGCUCUUAUUGCCGAAGGUAAUGGGCAAGUUUGUCCCAUACUCUAUCAAACAUUACCUUUUGGAGUUGCCUAUCACCACUCAGGGCUAACUGCUGCAGAGCGCCGCCUGCUUGAAGAGGCUUUCCUUGCUCAGACACUGUGUGUCAUUUGCUGCACUUCCACUUUGGCAGCAGGAGUGAAUUUGCCAGCAAGACGGGUAAUUUUGAGGUCACCCUACAUAGGGAUAGACUUUAUGGACAUGAGCCGCUACAAGCAAAUGGUUGGGAGAGCAGGCAGGGCUGGCUUUGGUGGUGUAGGGGAGAGCAUUUUAAUUUGUCAGUUAAAAGAUACAGAAAAAGUGUUGCAGCUUUUAAAAUCUGGAAUGACUGAAUCAAUAAGCCAUCUUGAUGCAGAUGACGGGGCUGGUUUGAAAGCACUGAUUUUGCAUUCAGUCAGUUUGGGCCUAGCUUCUUGCCGGUCAGGUAUUUAUAAAUUCUUGGAGCACACUUUGUUAUGGGUUCAGUCAGAAAGAAAGGGUGUCGAUGUUCUUAAUCUCGCCGACCGAUGUAUUCAGUCACUAGUGGCUGAAGGAGGACUUAAUAUAGUUGAUGUAAAAUCUUCUGAUUCCACUGAAAAUAAUGAAAAUGUGAUAGUGGCCUUUCCUCCAAGUAACAAUAAGUCAAGUGAUUCUCAAAUUUCAAUAUGCAUAAGAUUGUCUACUCCCUUAAUCCUGAGCAAAAUUGGUGAAGCUGCUGUUAAAGGUUCACUGACAAUUGUCAUUGCCCAUCGUCUGUAUGAUGACCUGUGCCUCGCGCAGGAAAAGCUUGUGCUUGUAAAUCAUUUCCAUCUCUUGUACUGUAUCACGCCUUACAGUAUGAUGGAUCAAAUCAAGCCAAACUACCAAGUCUUUUUCAAUCAAUUCAUGAACAUGGGCAUUAAUGAGCUGAAAGUUGCUGGUGCUAUUGGUAUCACAGAAGCUGUUGCAGUAACGGUGAUGAGGAGAAAAACCCUAAAGGCUGUUCCCCAAGAAGUUGUUGAUCGUUUCUAUUUGACACUGAUGCUGUAUGAUUUAUGGCAUCAAAAGUCUAUUUGGGAUGUGUCAGAGAAAUUUCAAGUGUCUCGAGGACAAGUAUUUUCACUAGUUCAAGCUGCUUCUAGUUUUGCUUCUUGUGUCCUGCGAUUUUGUGAGGUGCUCAAAGAAUUUUGGUGCUUUAAAGUUCUUUUGGAGGAAAUGGUUCAAAGACUGUCUCAUUGUUGCUCUGUGGAGCUGAUCCCCCUUAUGGAGCUGCCUGCAGUAAAAAUUGGCCGUGCCAGGCAACUUUACAAUGCUGGCUAUCGUUCGGUGCGGGAUGUUGCAGCUGCAGAACCAACUCGUCUUAUAAGAGAAGUGGACCACAUGCCAAGGAAAGUUGCUUAUCAAAUUGUUGCUGCAGCAAAGCUGAUAUUAAUACAAAAGGCUGAGGCAUUAAGAGAUGAGGCAACAGAUUUUCUGGAUGGAUUGAAUCUUCACAUGAAGGAUACAACAACCCCAGUGUAUAAUGCUUUGCAGUGAUCAUUUUCAAACUAGUCCUUUAAUCUUAGUUAAGGAUAACUGUUAUGCAAAGAUUUUAUUUUGUGUUAAUUGUGAUUUGGCUUUUGAAAGAGGCCACUGUGAUUUUCUUUAAGUUCUGUUGUUGGACAAUGUUGAAUACCUUCUUAGUAUUACGGCAAAAUAAAUUUGUUUAUAAAUUCAUA